AUGACAGGCAAGCCUUCCUGCUUCCUCCACGGAUCAAGCGCUCUGCGUCGCGUUGGGGCCAAGGCGGACCGCGCGCACGGGGCUUUCCUCGGCCUGCUGUGUGGAGAUGCCGCCGGCGCGACGCUCGAGUUCGCGCCCGGUACCAUCACGGAUUCGGAUGUCUCGCGCGCGAUGACGUUGCCCGGGGACGGCGUCUUCUCCGUGGGCAAAGGCCAGAUCACGGACGACUCGGAGCUGGCGCUGUCGCUAGCGCACGGGCUCCUGGGGAACCGCCCAAGUGACGGGUUCCUACUGGAGGCCGUGGCGCAACGGUACGCGGCCUGGUGCGACACGAAGCCCUUCGACAUUGGCAACACGUGCGCCACUGCGUUCGGCGUCCAGCCCGACGCUGCCGGCAACUACGCUCCGGCAAUGACGCAGACAGCAGCGACCAGUUGCUCGGGUAGUGAGGCCAAUGGGUCGCUCAUGCGCAUCGCUCCGCUCGCGAUCUGGGCUGUGGGGGAGUCCGAGGAGACGAUUGCCGCUCUCACCAGAACGGAGGCGACGCUGUCGCACCCGAGCCAAGUGUGUCAAGACUGCAAUGCAGUUUACUGCCUCAUGCUGGAGUACCUGUUACGCUGUCCGGGGGACUUCCAGGGCGCUUUGAGUCGGGGGGAGCGAUUCGUGACGGCUGACGUGAACUCGGUGGUGCGGACGUGGUUCUUGGAGGAGCCGUUGAAUAUCUCCAGUCUUGUGUGUACGCGCAAGAUUGGUCAUGUUCGCUGGGGGUUCGUACUAGCAACGCACUUCUUGCGCCAGAAUGAAUCUUACGAACGGGCAAUCCACCAAACACUGCUGAAGGGGGGUGACACCGAUACGAAUGCUGCCAUUGUCGGCGGACUCAUCGGUGCGCUGCACGGUGUGGAUGUAAUUCCACCUCGCAUGCGAGAGGCCGUGCUCAAUUUUGACGCGACGAACCCUUCAGCUACGCGUCGGACGCGUCCUGAGACGUACCGUGGGGCACAGGUUACCAGGCUUGUUGAGCAGCUUUUGGGUGAAGGCGCGAAUUGA